CGCAUUAACGCCAUUCGUUUUGAUUGUUUGUUUUUUCUCGUUUCUUUCCAGCGCUGCUACAUCGAUCGAAAAUGAAAGCAAAGAUGUCAAAGCCAGUGUAGACGUUUCUGAGAUUUACAGGACUAUGAAGGAAUCUAUUUCUGCAGUGUCCCAAAUUCGUAAAACAUGUUCGGUGUGGCAGGCGGAAGGCCACGAGGCGGGUUAUCUCCUGAUAAACCCUAAUCGUGAGGGAGGUCCAAUUGUCGUUUUCUGUGACAUGUCAACUACGCCUGCGACAAUGGUCCUUGAACAUGAUCAUAUGGAUACGAAAGCUAUCGUAGGGCCGAUAUGUGAUCGAGAAGCAUGUGUCCGAAGUGGUCGUUUCUCUUAUUUUUCAGGAUCUAAGGACCGAUUGCUUGAACUGAUUUCGGCAUCAAGAUCGUGUCAGCAACAUGUCAGAUACGAUUGCUAUAAUAGUGGAAUGGACUACACCCGCUGGACGACCCCCGAUGAUAGGACACGAUCAUACUGGGGUGGCUAUCCUGUCGGAAACUAUACGGAGACUCACUGUGAAUGUCUCCUUAAUAGACAAUGUACAAAUGGACAACUUUGUAAUUGUAAUAACGGAAACAACUUUGACAGCCAAUGGCAUGUGGAUGAAGGUUACAUUGUGUCGGAAACAUCCUCCACUUCGGCACCAGAGCUGCCCGUUAUGGAAGUUGCGUUUGGACGUUUUCGAUAUGGAUCAUCUAAAGGGAACUACACCAUUGGUCCAUUGAUGUGCAUGGAUAGAGGUAUGGGUUGCCCAGCUGCUCCAAUAUAUGAUAACUCUGUGAAUGACGCCAGUGAAUUUGGACACAUUGCUGGAGAUGUAGUGACGUAUACUUGUUCGAAUGGCUACGUCAGUGAUGGUUCCAAGAUCGUUACUGUUUCUUGUGGAGCCAAUGGUACAUGGGGAAGCAGAAAUGUGUCUUGCCAAAGGAUAGACUGUGGGGAUCCUGGUAACUCCACAGACACCAAUCGAGCAUUAAAUGGUACACGUUAUGGUGAUAAUGUGACAUUCACGUGCAAAAGUGCCUACAAGUACGAAAGUGGUGACAGAACACGUACAUGUAGUGCGAACGGAACGUGGACGGGACAAAUGUUGACAUGCAAACCGGGUAUGGUUGCCUUUGAUGCACGUGGGUCAGGAGCCUCCUCUUGGAAUGCGGCAGGUGCAGUGAAGUUUGUGGACGAUUUUAACGUUGGAGGCGCAUAUUCUAGAACAACGGGUAUAUUCACUGCACCUUUCCAAGGAAUAUAUCAUUUUGAUGUCCAUCUUCAAAAAUACAGUAACCAACCAUUAAGCAGUCACAUACGGGUGAAUGGCGCACGAUGGAAGUCAAUAAGUACCAACAUGCACGUUUCCCUUGGCUGCAUGUACUGUAACAGUCGUGAUAUUCAAUACAAUUACGCUGGAAGGGGGAGUGCUAGCUUGAAUGUGCCGAUGAAGGAGGGAGAUACAGUCUAUGUAGAGAAUUCAUCCACAUCGGACUAUAUCAGUUUCAACUCGUUGGACUCGUCAUUUAGUGGAGUUCUAAUUCAACGUGGUGACGGAAAUAACUAACAAAACAUUAUUGGUUUGAAUCACAAAGGAUAUGAAAUUUGACUCUACCUGAUAAUAUGAGAACCAUUUACAAAUCAUUUUAAAAACAACCAUUGCAAUCUGUUACUAACUCCUUUAUUAUAGUGUCUAGAAUUCUAUAGUAGGCAAUUGACCAUGAAGGAGUAUUCUUUGUACAAUAUACACACUCUCGCCGAUUUCAAUACAUAUUCAGUUUUACUGGACAGGCCCUUCACAAUCCGGAGACAGAUAGUCGCAUGACUGACAUUCCAACGGUAUUGUGUUUCUGUUUGAAAUAGGCAAAAAAUGAUUGGUACACUUUUAAACUUUGAAUCUGUCAGUGUUUUACACAUUGACCAUUUCCUUCGAGUAAAUGUCUUUAGUAAUUGUUAAUAUGUUCAACAUCAGAUUGCUUAUUUUUCUUAAUUGCUUAAAAUACUAUAUAAAUCAGCAUUGCUUUUGUAUGGUUUCUCGUUUUUUCAGUGUUGUAGUAGUGUCUUUACAUGUUGUGAUAUCGCCAUUGAGAUUA